CCUGAUAACAGAGAUGAAAAAUGAAAGGGGGUGGACAUACAAAUAACAGUCGCGAGGCAAGUUGCGUCUCCGUUCUUUGCGCACGAUUAAACAAACGGACAGAAUCGCGGAUCUGACUAUCAGAGUUCAAGCAGUUCAAGCCACUAGAAAGCAGACUUAACUCCAUUAUGCGGAACCUACUGGUAAAACUACUGUGGCUGACUCUGAUUGUUGGAGGAGGAGCAGCGAUAGUGCCACCACCAUGGGCAAACCCUUCCAACAAUCCUUGCGCUGCUCAGCCUCGUGGAUGGCAGCUGCUUUACUGGCCAGCGGAUGGAAAAUGUUACAAAAUAUUUCAGAUCGGGGCACCUUGUCCACAAACAAUGGAACUGAGCCCAGCAGCUGAAGGAGGAGGUACGGUUGCGGAAUGUAGAUGCCCUCCAGGUACAGCGCAAUCUCCUCGAGAUACGCUUUGUCAUUCGAUAUUCACAAGGGGACCCUGCCCAGCGGGUCAAUAUUUUUCACCUGUUCCAGACAUUAGCGGUAGAUCAAGUUCAAAGCCGAGAUGGGGUGUGUGCCAAGAGCUAGAAUCCUGUCCCGAACAAAGCGAGGCAUAUUGGCCAAGAGAUGGUAAAUGUUAUCCAAAGUUGAGUCGAGGUCCGUGUCCAAGAGGAGAGCUUCUCGUCAUGGGAAAAGAUAAUUUACCGGAAUGUUCGUGCACCUCCGAAGGCGAAUUGGGGAGGUAUCAUUGGCCCGGUGAAGGCGGAGGUUGUCACGAGCACUACACGAAAGGUCCGUGUACAGAAAUUGGGGAAUUAUUUCUGCCAGGAGGGCUGUGCGGCUGCCAUAACGGGCUUCCGCACUAUCACGAAGAGUCAAAUAUGUGUUAUCAAUUAGGUGGAAUAGGACCGUGUUCAAUGGGUCAUCACUUUAUCGUAACGACAACGGAUCAACAGGAUCAUCCAGAGGAAAUUCGAGCUAAAUGCGUCUGCAAACCGGGUCAUGUUCUCUACGAGAAUGGUUUGUGUUAUAGAAUUCACACAAGAGGACCGUGCAAUAACGGUGAAAUGUUAUUGAACGAAACAACUUGUAUCCCUGUGCCAUGCAAAAGAGGGAGACUUUAUUUCCCACAGGAAAAAACCUGUUACAAAAUUGGUUCCAAGGGACCAUGUCCCAACGGUCAAAUAGUUUUAUACGAUUACAACGUGCGACCCUCUCUAGACGGAAUCAGUUACAACGGUGUUUGUGGAUGUACAAACGCCCUCAAAGAGUCUGGUAGAUGUUCGGAGGAUGUGGAAGAAAAUUGCAGAAACACACCUGGCAUGGCUGUGAUUAAUAAAACUUGUUACAAAUUGUACACCAGAGGACCUUGCGCUGAGGGUGAAUGGCUAGUUGCUCAACGAGCAGCCAAAGUCGAUUUAUGGCAGACAGCGGAAGGUGAAGAGAGACCCAGAGCGAGAUGUGAAUGCAGGCCUGGAUAUAAGCGUGUUACAGACAGCGUAGAAGUUUCGGAAGUAGAGAGUAAUAGUUUAAUUUCACCGGGUGGUUGUCAGCCACCAGCAGUCAGUCUGGCAAGAUUUCUCAAUAAACAAAUCAAAUCAAUCGACUUUUGAAACGAUACUAUGCGCUAAUGACUUCUAGAAUUAAGCUAGUCUACAAAAGAUAGUGAAACUUUUAAUGGAUAAUUAAUUUUUACACAUAUGUUAGCCACACAGCUUUAAUAUGGUUAAACCGAAUUGUGAUAAUAGGCAUUGCUAAGUAGCCUAAUAAGCGACAAUCUAGUUAACCAGAAAUAGAAGUAUAUCGAAAUGGCCAGAGAUAUUGUU